CCAAUACAUAAUUUUGGCCUGAUUAAUUAUGUCUGGUCCUUUUUCACUUCUUUGGAAAAGUGACAAAUUCAGGUAACUAUAUCUGUUCUUAUCCUUUCCUGGACCCUUUUCGGAAAUAUUGAUGAAGCAGUUGCCUAACUCAUAUGAUAGAUCAUAAUCUUUACUUCUUCAGUUCUUCAGACAAAGCACAUCACAUGGUUCAUGUUUUUUCUAGUCCACAACUUUAACAUGUUCCAUGCAAUAAUGACCCCGAGAAAGACCCUUAAACGAAUGCUGAACUUAUUCGAUUUAAAGUAGUGUGCUCCUUUCAUAUCCCAAACUGAUAGUUUUUUUUCUAAUUAAACUACCAGAACUAGAACUAGUAUACAUUAUCAUAGGACCGAGGGAUUAUAUAUAGAAGCCAAGGUCCAGAGAUUGAAAAAAUGCAUCGACCAAAACAUCCAUGGCAAAUCAACCCGAACUCGAACCUUGGAACCAGCUUGAUGGGAAGAUUGUUUUAGUGACGGGUGCAUCUUCCGGGCUCGGCCGAGGAUAUUGCCUAGACCUAGCCAAGGUUGGCUGCAAGAUCGUGGCCGCCGCCCGUCGCACGGAUCGACUUAAGUCCCUCUGCGACCAGAUUAACCAAUUAUCCUCAUCUUAUUCUUCUUCUUCUUCAGAAAUCAGUUGUAGUACUACUGACCGUAUUCGAGCCGUCGCCGUCGAGCUCGACGUCACAGCCGAUGCUGGUGACAUUGAAGUGUGCGUGAAUAGGGCUUGGGAGGCAUUUGGACAUAUUGAUGCUUUGGUUAAUAAUGCUGGAAUUAGAGGGCAAAAAAAAUCAUCAUUAGAUCUUUCGGAAGAGGAAUGGAAUUCUACUUUUAGAACCAACCUAACAGGAGCAUGGUUAGUUUCGAAAUAUGUUGGUCUGAAAAUGCGUGAUGCUGGUAAAGGAGGAUCCAUCAUCAAUAUUUCAUCCAUUGCCAGUUUAAAUCGAGCAACCGUGCCCGGUGGUGUUGCUUAUGGCGCUUCAAAAUCCGGCGUGGAUUCAAUGACAAGGGUAAGCUUUAAAAUUCUUUUUUCAUCCUUAAUUUGCUUAUUAUUGUUAUUAUUAUUAUUAUUAUUAUUAUUAUUAUUAUUAUUUGAUCCUUUUUUGACAGCUUAAAACGGCGCCAAUUUCAGAAAUUUUGUUUGUUUAGACUUUAGAUACUGAAUAGUUUUAAUUAUUUUAACGAGUUAUCUUACUCACGAGAUUUUUACAAAUUCAACAAAAAAAAUUUGUCACCAAAACAUUUGGAUACAAUCUUUGCAGUGUAAUUGAUAUUGUGUAAAGGAAUGAAGCACAACAAUCUAAAACAAUUUUAUAACUCGAUCUUUUUAUAGACACCCCACCAAUACAUGUUUUUGCUUUGAACGGAAUUUUCCAGGCGAAAGGCGACUCUUGGUCUUACUUAUUUUUCAAAAUCAUUAUGUUUCAUUUCAUGUCGACCAAUGAGAUAAAACUGCAUGUACAUAAUAAUUUUUAUUUUAUUUUUUGUAAUUAAAGAACAGUUUUGUACAAUUCGAUGUUUCCUUUUAUUCGAGAUUAAUUUUUUUCUUUCAGUUUGGUUUAAUAUGUUUUGUAAUUAUGUUAUAAUUAUACCGUUUGCAAUUCUUAUUCGAUUUUGAUUUGGGUAUAUCUUUUUUUUAUUCUUAUAAUUUAUUAAAAUUUAAGAUUAUUAAGAUAAUUAAGUUUUAAGAAGUUAUUAUUUACUUUUUCUAAAUGCCUUGUAAUAAGGAUCAGAGGGAAUAUCGUACCAUUUUCUCAACUAUUUAGUGUUGUAAGGUGUACAAAGCAGCUGAUAAUCUAAUUCCUCCUUUUCUCCUCUUUUCUUUCACUUCCAAUUUGACAUUGUAAUUGUUAUCAACAGAUGAUGGCAUUAGAACUGGGGGAGUACCAAAUUAGGGUGAAUGCAAUAGCACCUGGACUUUUCCGUUCAGAAAUAACCGAAGGCCUCUUGGAAAAAGAUUGGUUAGAUACUGUCGCCAAGAAAACUCUUCCACUACGCACUUUUGGCACUUCUGACCCUGCGUUAACAUCACUUGUUCGAUAUUUAAUCCAUGAAUCUUCAAGCUACGUCACGGGAAAUGUUUUCAUUGUUGAUGCUGGAAAUACGUUACCGGGUGUCCCAAUUUUUUCUUCCCUUUAAAAUAUGUAAUAUUGGAUAGAGUUUUAGCUCCAAAUUUUCUAUUGAACGCAAGGUAUUCUCAAACUAAAAUAAAUUCGAAAAUUAGCUAGUCCAGGGUUUAAUUUAAUUGUGUAAUUUGUGUUUUAUACCCUUUUUGAAUGCUAAUAUUUUCUGAACAGCAUUAAGGUUUCUAUACAUCUUACUAUAUUAGAAACAAAAACCACAUUUAAGAGAAAAUACCACCAUUUGCCAUGUGGCAUUUUCACAUCAUAUUUUUAAAAUAAAUUUUUAUUUCCACAUCUCCUAAACUUAAAAGGCAAAUGCAGUC